UCAUCCAAGCUGACUGUUGCCACUGACUGCACACUCCCACAAAACUGCAUUUAUAAGGGAGUCAGUGGUGAUAGCUGUCACAAAAAGAACAGUUAGUCAAAGGGACUUCUUGGCCUUAUUCACAGUUUCCUCCUAAUUAAAGAGUGAAAAUGGUGAACUAUGAAGUGAUUCUAUCCACUGCCAAUGUUGUUGGUGCCACCACUUUCAAUAAUGUCUUCAUUAAGCUGGUGGGGACGGAUGGGGAGAGUGAUCGCAGUUGGCUCAUGAAUUUGAAAGGGCCUCUAGCCUUCACCACUGGAGCAGUGUCUAGUUUUAAUGUGUCCUGCUCUGAGUCCAUUGGGAAGUUGGUCCUGAUAGAACUAGACAAACAGCGUCUCCUAAUUUUCCCUGAAGACAACUGGUUCCCUGCCAAGGUGGAAGUGAAAUCGCCCGAGGGGGACACCUACAACUUUCCUGUGUACCGCUGGAUCACUGACAAUGAGGUGCAUCGCUUCAGAGAGGGAAAAGCUCUGAGAGUCUUUGAUGACAUCCAUCAUCUUGGAAAGUACAGUCGGGAACAGGAGCUGAAACAGAGAGAGGAGGACUAUCGCUGGGAUGUGUAUGCAGAAGGAAUACCCCAUUCCAUAAAGUCAGAAGGCCCCCUUUCUCUGCCUUGUGAGGUCCGCUUCUCCUUCACCAAGACUACAGAGUUUUUGUUCACUGCAGCCUCAGGACUAACUGAGCUGCAACUUAAUGGACUGGCUGAUAGCAAAGAGAACUGGACUGACAUUGAGGAUAUCAAUCGGGUGUUUUGCUGCAAACGGACCGCUAUAUCAGACUAUGCCCAGGAACACUGGAAAGAGGAUGCUUUUUUCGGCUACCAGUUUCUAAAUGGUGUCAACCCCAUCUUGAUCCAACGUUGUUCAGCCCUGCCCAAGAACCUGCCUGUUACGAAUGACAUGGUCUGCCUUCCUGGGCAGAGUAGUUUGGAAGAUGAAAUGAAGAAAGGAAACAUAUACUUGUGUGACUACAAGCGUUUGGAUGGACUGGAAGGAAACACCAUCAAUGAGAAGAAGCAGUACCUGAUGGCUCCACUCGUCCUACUUCACAGAACACCUGAUGAUAAGAUGAUGCCAAUUGCAAUUCAGCUGAAACAAACUCCAGGAGAUGACAAUCCCAUCUUUUUUCCUUCUGAUUCUGAGUACGACUGGUUGAUGGCGAAGAUUUUUGUGAGAAGUGCAGAUUUCAGCGAACAUCAACUCAAUGUUCACCUGCUGCGCACUCAUCUGCUGGCUGAAGUUUUUGCUGUGUCUAUGCUGCGCAAUGUGCCCAUGGUGCAUCCACUGUACAAGCUUCUCGUUCCUCACACUCGCUACACCCUACAGAUCAACAACUUAGCGCGACUUCUUCUAAUUUCGGAGACUGGUGUUUUUACAGGGUUUGCAGCUUCUGGAGGAGAGGCUAUGUUUACGAUCCUGAAGAGAUCCCUGUCCUCAAUGACGUACAGCUCCCUCUGCAUACCAGAUGACAUUGCUGAGCGUGGGCUGGAGGCUGUGCCCAACUUCUACUACAGGGAUGAUGGACUCAGGCUUUGGGAUAUCAUCCACAGGUUUGUGCAGGGAAUUCUCAGCUUCUACUACAAGAAUGAUGCUGAGGUCCAGCAGGACUCUGAACUGCAGGCAUGGAUUUCAGACAUUUUUGAACAUGGGCUCCUUUCCCAACCAUGUCCAGGAAUCCCCCGGAGCUUCACUACAGUGGCUGAGUUGGUCAAGUUCGUCACCAUGGUGAUCUUCACCUGCUCAGCACAGCACUCGGCUGUGAAUGCUGGACAGUAUGACUAUGGUGGCUGGAUGCCCAACACUCCUAUCUCCCUACAACUUCCUCCACCAACCACAAAGGGGACAACAAGCGAGGCCACCAUGCUGCAGACAUUCCCUGAUGUCAACACAACAGUUCAGGGGAUGGCCACCAUGUGGCUGCUGAGCAAGCAGUCCUCUGACUUUGUUCCUCUUGGCCGGUACCCUGAAGACCAUUUCAGUGAGGAGAUUCCCCACAAGCUAAUAAAGGCUUUUCAAGGAGAGCUUCAAGACUUGAGCGAAGCCAUCAAAGCCAGAAACAAGGAUCUUGAAGUUCCAUACACAUACAUGGAUCCAACAGAGGUAGAAAAUAGUGUGGCCAUUUGAAUGUCUUAGGGUGACCUCCUCUGUUGUUGAGCAAAUUUAGCUUCAAAGCUAAAAGAGUCAAAAAAGAAGAACUGCAUGUUCUGUACUGAAAUGAUAUUACACUGAAAAAAAACUUCUGCCUGUAGUCAGUGUAUGCUUAUCUGUGAUUUUUGUUCAGCCUUAUUUAAGUUUAUUGUGAAUAUAUCUGCUUUUACAAAGCCUCAUAUUUUAACUUUGUCCACGGAAAUGAACGACAAAUGUGAAGUCCAAUGAAAAGCUGCAGCAUUGAAGCAUUUUCUCACGCGCAUGUAACUUUACAUAAACAAAAUAUGAACAUUUUAACUUGUCUGCCAAUAUUUAUCUAGACUUUGUGCUUAAGAAAAAUAUGACAUUAUUUUAUUUGGUACAUUUAUACAUUAAAUGUAUUAGAUGUAUUACAUUACAUUAGAUGUUGAGGGUAUAGUGGAUAUGUCUUGCUUAGUAUCCUUGCACCACUAAUUUGAGCUCAGGCUUUAUCUGUUACUGAGCCAGUUUGCACUGAGCCAGCUUGCACUGAGCCAGUUAGAUAAACAGACAAGUUAUGUCAUAUCUUAUUUUACAUUGUUGACUCAGCGUAGCACUGAUUAAUUAACUUUGACUCAUUGUUUUGAAACAAACGUUAUGUGCAGAAGGAAUAAAAACAAUCAUGGUAUGUAAAUACUUUGACAAUGGGAAUCGAAAAAAGGAAUCACUCCAAUUGAGCUGUUCAAUUGCAGGGCGUGUUCCUAAGGUAUGGCGUUGGGUAGAGCUUUUUUGAAACAGUGAAAAUUAUUUAUUAUUGUGUCCAAACUGUAACCAAAUUUCUUAACCAAAAUAAAUUAUUGGUCUUGUCUAUACACAAAAAAAAUUGUGUCUGGGAGAUUGUUUUUGUCAUCAUUAAAACUUCCCUAUCAAUCACAGUUAGUGUUAUUAUUGAUUAAGAUUAACACAGAUUGCAAUGUGUGUAUCCAAGAAAGACUGUACUUCUUUAAAGGGGGGAUAUUAUACUCUUUUCAACCAUUUUACACUGGUCAAUGCAUUGUUUUUCUCCAAAAGUAGUAUGGGAGGAAAAGCCUUUCAAUGACAGUGUCCUGCCAUGGAAUGAUUCUGUAGUUUGAGGCAUACACCCUGUCUCUUCCUGAGAGUAUUGGUUCUAAUCUUAUCUUUUUAUAGAAACUUAAGUUGGUUCAGUUUAAAGUUGGUUCAGGCUUGCAUUAGUGCAACCUCCCUCCUUCAAAUCAUUUAGUCAUAAAGUAAUUCAUGUAAAUAACUAACUAUGCAUUUCCCCAAAAGUUUCUAUCACUGAUAGAACUGAUCUAUCACUAAUCAUUGUUCCCACUCCUAGUCUUUUUCCAGUCAUCUGUUACUAUUUUGAUAGAUAUUGUUGUUAUUCUUUUUAUUAUUGCCGUGCUUCUUCUGUGUCUAGCAGUUUACAGGUCCAGUAAAAACAAUUUUCACAUG